AUGAUAAGGUCCUUGCGCCCCGGCCGUCUCUUUCGACUUGGCCGUGGGCCUAAUACUUCCCGUCCGAUUGCACUUCCGUGUCCUUCCCUUUCUCGCGCCUAUUCCCGAUCCUCUUCUCAAACCAGGCGCCCGUUGACACUCGAUGAAUACAAGUUCAUCUGCAACUACACCGAUUUAUCGAAAUCUCCUGUCAGUCUCAAGAAUCGUAAUCCAGAUGUUUGGAUCCCGUGCCUUGUGUCAUGUUUGAAAUCACCACAAGAGAGACAGCAGCCUACAACUUCGGUCAAAUCAAUCACUCAACAUGCCAAAGAUCUCGACCGAGGCCAUGCUCUGAUGAGCUAUCUGUGGCUGGCAAAGACAUGGAGGGAAAUGGAUCUCCUAGUACAUCUUGGAUUUGAGCUGAAACAAUGGUCUACCGUGCACGCACUAUUGAACGAGUUGAUCGAUACGUAUGAGUUACUUGUCCCCUUCAUCGGAGUCAAGAAUCUUGCCCCCAAUUUUGAGUGGUCCCUAGCAGAAGCAGGCCUUUCGUUGGAUUCUCUAUCAUUUCUUAAAUUAUCCAACUCUGAACUUAAACAGGUCCAAUUACCUGCCUCCAAUCUUGAUCUCAACGUCGCCACGAGAAGGCCUGCUGUGGAGAACUUUGGCCAGAGACUAUUGGGGUCGGUGCUACUCAAUCUGGGAUCAUUGGUGUUGUCAGCUGCAGACCGCCCUGCGGCCGAGUCCAAAUUCGCAAUGUCAUGCGUGUUCCGUAUCCUUGCUCGUUUGCAUCACUUGGGACUGAUUUCUGACAAGGUUUACCAGUAUCAGCCUGCGGACCCGGAUCAAAUUUCAUUCCGGCCUCCGGGACUAAAUCUUUUGUCGACUCACAUUAUGACUGUUCUUUCAGACGCAGCAUGGCUUGAACAUGAAGCUACCCUCGCAAAUACCGCUACCGAAGCUGGAGAGGAGCCACCAUUUCUUCCCUUCAAUGUGGGAUUCCGGGAGCUUGGCCCAGAGAUCUGGCUGGAACUUAUUCUCUGGUGCUGUGUCGAGAAUGGAUUCUCCAAACAGGGCGCUUACCUGUUGAGGGAUAUGACCAAACGAACCGAUGACCGGGCAUGGAAAGUUGCAAGCUGGGCGCCGCUCGUCCGUUCUCUCGAUACUGUCCGGCAGACCGAUAUCAGUAAAGAGGAAUCUUGGCGCCACCCAGACAAUGAUGAGCCGCCCCGUCAGUUCAAAAAUAACGACCGACCUCCAUUCAACGGUCUAGGAAGGCAGACUAUUAGCACUGAAGUCGUUGCCUCUUUACGCGACAUGUUGCAUAACAAGACUUUUGUCUCUGUUGGAACCACCGGCAUGUCAUCUCCGGAAUUACUCGACCUCGCAACCUCUCUCACCCAGCUUCUUGAGCCUGCUGCGACAAAGGAUGAACUCAAACUGACUAACAGGUUAACCAAUUGGAACUUUAAUCGGAUGAUAGAGUCGGGUGGUCUCAUUCCCGAUAAGGACCCAAUUGCAUUCGAAAAGCCUAUCCCUACAGACACACGACUCAAUGACAUUACGAAAGCACAAAUAUACGAUGAAACCGCUGCCAUAUCCGGCCUCAUCGAGUAUAACGUCAGGGACUCUGCACGCACAAUGCAAGCCGCGACGGCAUUCUCUGGUUAUUCUCGGCUUCAAAGCAUCGUUGACGCAAGCAAGUCAUACCAUAUCAAAGAGUUCUUCGAGAAGUUCAAUCAGUAUGAUUCUUCAGGCCCCUCGUUCUUUGAGUCUCGACAACUUGAGUCAAGUUUGGGAGAAUCAUCUCUUUCGCAAAUACAGAGUGUGACUAUGGCCGAGCUGCUCGAUCUAGUUACAAAUUGUCGGGCGUUUGACUUUGGAAAUUGGUUGCUCUUCAACAACGAUAUUGAUGGUCCUCCGAUCGCCCAAGCUUCAUACGGCGACCAAGCCCUCGCGCCGUCGAUUCUUCGCUUCGCCGCUGCCACGCAAAACAAAGAGCUCUCUGAUAAAGUUAUCGCAGCGCUUAGUCCACCACUAGGUUCUAAUACGCUGAAAGCUGUGAUCAACUUGCACGUCUCAAUGGAGUCAUGGGAUCGAGCACUUCUCACGCUAGAGUUCAUGCGCGACUACAGGGCAAAAUCAUGGGGCUUCAGCAACAUCAGCGCACUAGCAGCCAAAAUUCUCAGGCUCGACGGAUCCAUUCAGCGCAAGCUGGCAAGCGGGUUUCAGUCAGCAGAAAAGGAACAAGAGAGCCUCGCUAGGGCAUCUAACGUUCUUAUUCGUCUCUUCCAGGGAGACUUCUCUACGUCGCCCAGUAAGAGCGAGCGCGUAAGCAAAUUCCAACAACUAGUGCUAAAGCGCAUCUGGUCGUUAUUUGAUAUUCUGCCUGGUCCAUUGGCGGAUAUUCUCAAGCAGGCCAACACAGAUCACGCCUCGCCCCGGGACAAAAUUCUUCAGGUUCCCAUCAACGCCUUCCACGACAUCCUAUCUGCUGUGGUGGAUGUGCAUGGCAGUAAGGCAGGCAAGAAACUGUUCGAUGAAUGUUGCCUAGACGUACAAGCCCCUGCUCAAGUUCGUACAAAGGCCGGUGGUGUUGUACGUUUGCAAACCGCCGCUGAGCGAAAUCAUUACAAAGUCUCUGGGGACCGCGGCUUUAAUGCUCAAUGGCAUGAAUAUCGUCAAACAAAAUUGGUCAUCCCGAACGUGAGCACCUUCCGCAUCCUCGCGCAGGCUGCUUAUAGGGAGUAUGAACUUGAUGCGGCUCAUGCCAACGCCAACCAGACUCCUCCCUUCCUUCCAGCUUCGCCUUCUCGUGCGUCUCCUCUUGUCACGCCGCACUCGCUUGUCGAACCUUGGCAGAACGAUCCCCGAAGCUCAACACUCAAUGGCGGACUAGAUUCAAGCGCUAUCCCGCCCGCCACAGAACCGGAGGCCAUCCUUGACUUCUGUGUCGGCAAAUUCAUCCAGGAAAACAUGGAGGAGAACUCUAUUGAACUGGAACUACCGGGGUAUAUGGCACGCAUGCGUUUCCGGGGCAUUCUUGGCAACGAGUCCUUCCACCCCCCUAGUCGGGCGAAAGAGAUUCAGGACGAACCCUGGAUGAAAUCCCACCUACCUGUUAGAGAUAAGGCUCAGACCAGGCCUGUCAAAACCAAGAAGGAAUCUUCGAAAACUUCGCCAAGUCUACCAAAGGCACAGGCUCGACCGGCCAAAGUCCAACCAGCUGAAGCCAAAUCUGCUCGAACCAAUCCGAUUGAGAACAACCCCGCCUUAGAAAAAGCCAGCACCUGA